AUGAACCAUAUGUUCGGAGAUUUGAGCACCAAGUACGAUAAUGUUGCGAGCCAUAUGAGACAGAUGGACAUUCGGAUAGCUCAGACUGCUGAGAGCGUCAAGAGGCAGCAAGGUACUCUACCUGGUAAAACAGACAAAAAUCCUAAGGAGUGCAAUGCAGUUCAACUGAGGAGCGGAAAACAACUUUCCGAGCCGGAGAAGAGGAGGUUCACCACGGCUGAGAAAGGGAAGCAGAAAGAGUCGGAACAACUAUCAGCCGAUACCCCGGCAGUUGAGAGGAAUACGGAACCAGAAGUUGGAACAAGUUCGCCAGGGCCAGAACAACCAGCUGAAGCUGUUCACCCGAUCACAGAGGUUGUUCCUCCUCACGAAUACAUUCCUAAAGUCCCUUACCCUGUUCCAGCAAAGGCCACUCGUAAGGACAAAGAGGAGAUGAAGUGCAUGAAGAUGCUGGAGGACCUAACCGUCCGACUCCCCUUGAUGGAUGCGAUCCAGAUGAUGCCCUCCAUGCGCAGCUUUAUGAAGGGAUUGAUCUCAGGAAAAGUAUCAGAGGAGAGCGAAUUCAUGACAGUUUCCAAGGAGUGCAGCGCAGUGCUUCUGAACAGGCAGAUAAAGAAGCGAGGAGACCCCGGCAAGUUCGUCCUCUCUAUCCAGAUUGGAAAGACAGUUUUUGCAUGCUCCUUGGUUUAUCUUGGAUCCAGCGUGAACCUCAUGCCUUACUCCGUAGCACGACGUCUAGGAUACACGCAUUUCAAAUCAACUAAGAUGUCCUUAGUGUUCGCGGAUAGAUCAGUCAAAUCCCCAGUUGGUAUACUAGAGGAUCUCCAAGUAAAAGUCGGAAACACCUCUGUUCCAGCAGACUUCGUUGUUCUGGAGCUAGAAGAAGAGUCUAAGGAUCCUCUCAUCUUGGGAAGACCAUUCCUAUGUACUGUUGGAGCCAUCAUUGAUGUGCGACAAGGGAAGAUUGAUCUGAAUCUUGGGGACAUAGUCAUGCAAUUCGAGAUGGAUGAACUUGUAAAAAAGCCGACGUUAGAUGGGCAGACCUUUGAGGUUGAUGAAGGGAUUGACCCGCUGCAACCUCGCGAAGGAAUGAUCGAAGAGAUUCUUACAGAAGACCCACUUGAGCUUGCACUAGUAAGAGCUGAGGCCGAGCAGAGUGUCGUAAACAUUGAUGCAGACGGGUAUGCCAAGAUGCUUGAUUCUGCAAGGAGUAUGGGAAGAAUGGUAGCGAGUCUAAGUCUGGAGGAUGCAAGCAACAGGGACGAGAACACUCCAGCUAGAGCGACCCCUACACCGAACUUGCCUGUUCCGCCGGACCAACCAGAUGAUCCCUGGAGCGAGCUUAAAGCUCCCAAGGUUGAGCUAAAACCCCUUCCCAAGGGGCUCAGGUACGCUUUCUUAGGUUCGAAUUCCACCUAUCCUGUCAUUGUGAACGCUGAACUAAAUAAUGUGGAAACUGCAUUGCUUUUGUGUUUCUUUCAGAUCCCUAUCCAUCCAGACGAUCAGGAAAAGACGACGUUCACCUGCCCCUAUGGAACGUACGCUUACAGGAGAAUGUCAUUCGGCUUGUGCAAUGCGCCAGCGACAUUUCAGCGCUGCAUGAUGUCAAUCUUUACUGACCUGAUUGAAGACAUUAUGGAGGUUUUCAUGGACGAUUUCAGUGUAUAUGGAAGCUCCUUUAGUGUCUGUUUGUCUAACUUGUGCAGGGUACUAAAAAGGUGUGAGGAGAAACAUCUAGUGCUCAAUUGGGAAAAGUGCCACUUUAUGGUCAGGGAUUGGAUUGUUCUGGGGCACAAGAUCUCCGAGAAAGGCAUUGAGGUGGAUAAGGCAAAGAUCGAGGUAAUGAUGAGCUUGCAACCACCAACAACUGUGAAAGCUAUCAGGAGUUUCUUGGGUCACGCGGGUUUUUACAGAAGGUUCAUCCAGGACUUCUCAAGGAUAGCGAGACCACUCACCAGAUUGCUCUGCAAGGAGAUCAAGUUUGAUUUCGACAGUGAGUGCUUAGCUGCGUUCCAUACCAUCAAAAGAGCUCUAGUCAGCGCGCCUGUAGUACAACCGCCAGACUGGGAUCUCCCUUUUGAAAUCAUGACUGAUGCCAGCGAUUUUGCAGAUUGA